AUAAUACAGCGUCGAUUGACUCCCCUUGUCUUCCCUGCGUCCUCCCCUCCGCGACCCUCGCGCCUCCACCCGUACACAACACAGCGCAGCGCGAUCCUAAUUCUUCGACUUCGACAUGGCGGUCAACGCGAGUUUCGUCUCGCCCACGGCGGAUGCAAAAGUUGCGCAUGUCCUGCAGCAAUUCGAUACCAGCGGUCUCCUAUCCUCCGUCUUCUCCGGCUUCAAUGCCUGGAAGCUCGCUUUGACACUUAUCGUAACGGCGGUGGCGUACGACCAGUUCAAGUACAUCUGGAACAAGGGCUCAAUCGUCGGUCCGUCGUGGAAAAUACCCUUCAUCGGUCCAUUCCUCGAGUCUGUCAACCCCGACUUCAAGAAGUACCACGAAAAAUGGAUGUCCGGUCCUCUCAGCUGCGUAUCCGUCUUUCACAAAUUCGUCGUCAUUGCCUCUACCCGCGACAUGGCCCGCAAGAUCUUCAACUCCCCCGCCUUCGUUAAGCCCUGUGUCGUCGAUGUCGCGCAGAAGCUCCUUCGCCCCGAGAACUGGGUCUUCCUCGACGGCCGUGCCCACGUCGACUACCGCAAAGGUCUCAACAGCUUGUUUACUCGUCAAGCACUCGAACAGUACCUACCGGGUCAGGAGGAAGUCUACAACACAUACUUCAAGCGCUUUGUGGAGCUUUCGCAAGUAGAGAACAAGGGCGAGCACAUUCCCUGGAUGCAAGAGUUCCGCCUCAUGAUCACUGCGUUGAGCUGCCGUACCUUCGUUGGUCACUACUGCUCUGACGAGGCCGUCAAGAAGAUCGCCGACGACUACUACCUGAUCACCGCUGCGCUCGAACUUGUCAACUUCCCUAUCAUUAUCCCCUUCACCAAGACCUGGUACGGAAAGAAGUGCGCUGACAUGGUUCUGGAUGAGUUCUCCAAGUGUGCCGCAAAGAGCAAGGUCCGCAUGGCUGCUGGUGGCAAGAAGGAGUGCAUUCUCGACUUCUGGGUAGACAAUAUGAUCCAGUCCGAGAAGUACCGCAAAAGGGUUGAAGCUGGCGAGAAGGUCGAUGACGCUGAGAAGCCCGCGACUGUCAUCCGCUGGUUCAGCGAUCUUGAGAUCUCCAUGACCAUCUUCACCUUCCUCUUCGCUUCCCAGGACGCUACCUCGUCUGCCGCCACAUGGCUCUUCCAGAUCAUGGCUGACCGCCCGGAGUACCUCGACAAGAUCCGUGAGGAGAACAUCAAGGCUAGAAACGGCGAUGUCCACGGUACCCUUUCGCUUGACGCCAUCGAGAAGCUGCAAUGGACCCGCGCUGUCGUCAAGGAGACUCUCCGCUACCGUCCCCCAGUCAUCAUGGUUCCUUACUUGGCUAAGAAGGACUUCCCUGUAACACCUGAAUACACCGUUCCCAAGGGCUCCAUGGUCAUUCCUACCACCUACCCGGCACUUCACGACCCUGAAGCAUACCCCAACCCAGACUCGUUCGAGCCCGAGCGAUGGAUUACCGGCAACGCUGAUCAACAAACCAAGAAUUGGCUCGUUUUCGGCACAGGUCCCCACUACUGCCUGGGCCAGACAUACGCGCAAGCCAACCUCAUGUUGAUGAUUGGCAAGGCGAGUAUGUUGCUGGACUGGGACCACAAGGUCACCGAUCAGAGCGAGGUGAUCAAGGUGUUUGCCACUAUUUUCCCUAUGGAUGACUGCCUUCUUACAUUCAAGGACCGAACAGCGGCAUAAAGAGUCGAUAUUCUAUUCAGCUACGUGAUGCGCACAUUGAGCGAUCUUUUCUUGCAUUUGCGCCCGUAGAUUUCUAUGUUGAAAAUUUGGUUCGUCCAAGGCAGAGGUACACUUAUACUCUGGUCUUGCAUCUUUAGACAUUAAUGAUUACGGCCCUUGGCGCUUCUUGAGAAGUAGCCCGUUGGCUUCAUGAGUACAGUGUAAGCUGGGAUGAAUUAAUACUGGGACGAGGAGGGGAUAGGCUGGGGAGGCGACGGUCUUUUAUAGGACAGCAAUAAUGGUAUGGAGAAUGUAUGAAGUAAAGAACAAUCUUCGCGUGCUGUUGUAAAACGUGCUGGGUAGAUUACAAGUUCAACCGGUCCACAUAUCUACCGCGGGCAGGGACUAGAGCUAUGAC